CCCCAGAUUCUCCGAUACCCCCUCGCCAACCCCCACCACCUGCACUCCCAAUGGCAUCCCGCACCCUCCUCCACCUCUCCCGUACCGUCCCCUCCCUCCGCACCACUACCCGCCCACUCCUCACCCUUUCACCCACCCUCCGAACGCAAACGAAAGCCGCGGCGCCAGUGCAUGCGGUGCGAUGGUACUCCGCGAGCGAAGCGAAAACGGCAAAGAAAUAUGAUUUCGACUCGGUAGGUCGCGCCUGGACACUGUCGAUGAAGGGGAACGGACGCUGACGAGGAGGUGUGGUAGAUUAAGGAAUUAAGUACCAAACCGGAUCCGGAGAGGAUUCUGAUCGACGUCCGCGAACCCACCGAAUUCACCUCCGGCC